GUCCAGUCCCCUGGAAGAGGCCAUGGAUGUGACGGUCUCCACCUUCCACAAGUACUCCAGUCAAGAGGGUGACAAGUUCAAACUCAGCAAGGGAAAGAUGAAGGAACUUUUGAAUAAGGAACUGCCUAGUGUUGUAGGGUGAGGAUGACCCGGCCCCUGGAGCAGGCAGUAGCUGCCAUCGUGUGCACCUUCCAGGAGUAUGCUGGGCGCUGUGGGGACAAGUACAAGAUCUGUCAGUCGGAGCUCAAGGAGCUGCUGCAGAAGGAGCUGCCCACUUGGACCCCGAGUGAGUUCCGGGAGUGUGACUACAAUAAAUUCAUGAGUGUUCUGGAUACCAACAAGGACUGCGAGGUGGACUUUGGGGAGUACGUGCGCGCGCUUGCCAGCCUCUGUCUCUACUGCCACGAGUACUUCAAAGACUGCCCCCCUGAGCCCCCUUGCCCCCAGUAGCCUCUGAUCCAGAAGGGUAUGCCAUUCUGGAAGGUCAGGGUCUGCUCUAGUGCUCCGUCUUUGUCCCUGAGGUGAUCCUGAGUGUGUAGCCACACCCUUCCUACCCUCUCUGUGGUAUCCUUUCAGUCGGGGCUUGCCAGGUCCCUGAUGUGCUAACCCUGGCUACUCAUGCACAGUAGAAGCUUUCCUAGGGAUGUCAAAGUAGUGAGGGGUGGAACAGUAGCUUCUCUUCUUGGAAGGGAGAACAUUUGCUCUCUCACUUUGGAGGCUCAGCCAUGUGCACACUGUGGCAGGGGCCUGCUCAACUCCUAAUAAAGAAAUGUCAGCUUG